CCGAUGGGAUAGUCAAUUGCGUAAGAAUCUUCAUGCUGCUUGAUAUUGGUUAAAGUCUUCUUUUCAAUAUAAUAAUCCUGAUAUGGAAAAUCAUAAACAAACUAUUUCAGGACUUUUAGAUAUAAUUGAGAGAUAUGCUUACGGUCAACCCGAUUUAGGAAGUAAAUUGACGGGUGAAAUGAGACUAUUUAGGCAAGCACAAGGUGAUUUUGGACGUUUAUCUGCUGUAGCUGAUCGCCAUAAAAUGGCUCCUGAUGAAUGGUGGAUGUGUUAUGGUAGUAGUGCACCAAACCUAAAAACGCUUGCAAUUCGAGUAUUAAGUCAAACAUGUAGUUUUUCAGGAUGCAAGAGAAAUUGGAGCAUGUUUGAACACAUUCGUUCAAAAAAGAGAAAUAGACUCGAGCAUCAACGGCUUAAUGAUCUUGUUUAUGUUCACUACAAUUUACGAUUGCAACAACAGUAAUAUUGUGUCAAUAAUUGUUUUCAUCA